CCCUGGACGACUUCUGUUCCACCGUGGUCGCGCUCGCACUGCCCCCCUCUCCGCCUCCUCCAAUCGAAAGGCGGCAGGCGAAGAAUGUGCCCCGCCCCUUUGCUAGCCGAGGCCUCUCGCAGUCGCCGGUUAUAGUCCAGCUGUUGCGGUUGGAGUCGGGGGUUCUGCGCUCGGCUCGCUUCCCCCCCCCCCCCGUGCGGUGCCCCCUCCCCCUUUGUCAUGGCUUCCUCCGAUGUGGCGCGGCAGUUGCAGUAUUCACCUGAUUUUGGAAUGAGAGCACACUCUAAUCCCCCUUGUGAUAAUCAAGAUGCAAAGAGACAGAAUUGUCGAUCCUUAUCCUUGUCUGGUCAUGUUGGUUUUGAUAGUUUACCAGAUCAAUUGGUUAACAAAUCAGUCCAUCAGGGCUUCUGCUUCAAUAUUCUCUGUAUUGGCGAGACAGGACUUGGAAAAUCUACCUUGAUUGAUAGCUUGUUUAAUACCAGUUUUGAAGAACGCUCGUCAACACACUUUCAGCCAAAUGUAAGACUUAAGGCUCAGGCGUACGAGCUUCAGGAAAGCAACGUUCGGUUGAAGUUGACCAUUAUAAGUACAAUUGGAUUUGGUGACCAGAUAAACAGAGAUGACAGCUAUCAGCCAAUAGUGGACUAUAUAGAUGCACAGUUUGAAGCCUAUCUCCAGGAAGAGCUGAAAAUUAAACGCUCCUUAAAUAAUUACCACGACACUCGCAUCCAUGUGUGCCUUUACUGCAUUUCUCCCACAGGGCACUCCCUUAAAACUCUUGAUUUAUUAACCAUGAAAAACCUUGAUAGCAAGGUGAAUAUUAUUCCAGUUAUAGCCAAAGCUGAUGCAAUUUCUAAAACCGAACUUCAGAAGUUUAAGAUCAAAAUCAUGAGUGAACUGGUCAGUAAUGGAGUCCAGAUAUAUCAGUUUCCUACGGAUGACGAGGGCAUUGCUAAGAUCAAUGCUACUAUGAAUGGACAUUUGCCAUUUGCUGUAGUGGGGAGUACAGAAGAGAUAAAGAUUGGAAAUAAAACAGUAAAAGCUCGCCAAUAUCCUUGGGGCAUUGUGCAAGUGGAAAGUGAGAAUCACUGUGAUUUUGUGAAACUCCGUGAGAUGCUGAUUUGUACAAAUAUGGAAGAUCUAAGAGAACAAACUCACAUGCGCCAUUAUGAGCUGUACCGCCGUUGCAAAUUGGAGGAGAUGGGCUUCCGAGACACAGGUCCAGAAAACCAGCCUGUCAGUCUUCAGGAAACCUAUGAAGCCAAGCGGCACGAAUUCCUUGGAGAACUGCAGCGGAAAGAAGAAGAGAUGAGGCAGACAUUUGUGCAGAGGGUCAAAGAGAAAGAAGCAUUGCUGAAAGAAGCUGAACGAGAAUUGCAGGUGAAGUUUGAACAUCUGAAACGACUUCACCAAGAAGAGAGGAUGAAAGUAGAAGAGAAAAGAAAGCUUCUGGAAGAGGAAAUCCUGGCAUUCCAUAAAAGAAAGGCCGCCUCAGACAUACUGCAAGGGCAGGCAUUUGUCUCUACACCCACUGUUACUUUAAAAAAAGAUAAGGAUCGCAAGAAGGAUCAAGGUUUUCGACUUGAGCUCCUGUGUUUUGAUGUGAGAGAUCAGGAAGUUGUGAAUAUUCAGGAAGCGAGAGAGAGAGAGGCGUUAGAAAGGGAAAGGCUCGCUCACAGGGAAUACAACAAAUAGUAUUUGGAAGCAAUAUAUAAAGGUUAUGUGGUUAGGGUAUGUUAGUCUUCACAGAUGCUGAAAACAGAAUUGAUACUUAACCAAUGAUAUCUUCAUUUUUGCAGAUUUUGCAUCUUUUUCCGUUCCUAGUAACUUUACUGAAAUUUACCACAUAGUUCUUAGUUUUCUAGUCAUGGUAGAAAAUACUACAGGUCUAUGACUAACCUUGUGAUUUGUGAAAUGGAAUGUGAAGAUUGUUGCAUUUCCUGGGCUAGAUCCACCCAGCUUUUUCUGCUGGUACAAAUUGGAGGAGAACGGUUCUCCCCUCCCCCACCUGAGGCUCAUCUGGAAACCAUAAAACCUGCAUGGGUGAAAAACUGGAGAGAUGAGGGAGGAGGGGAAUUUGGGGUGAUUGAGUGAAAAAGAAGGCUGGAUCCAGUCCAUGGUUCUCCUCAAAAUUCAUUAAUUAUUAAGGAGUAAAUUGCCUGGCUGUCAGCUCAAAACAAAAACUCCGUUAAAGACUCUAUAGAGGUAUAUAUGCUUUAUGCAAUAUGAAGCACAGUUCCUAACAACUUAAAAAGGAAAUAGAAAGUUGUAACAUGGAGUUGGUUAUAAAUCUUGUAUGCACAACCAGUGAUUAACUGGAAAAAUAAGAUUUGUGUCCUUGAAUUCAGAAGGUGUCAAUAAUAAGAAAACAGAUAAAACAGUUUCUUCAGAAAAUUAAUUUUAUUUGUACAUUACUGGAAUGAAAAAUUAAUGAUGCAACUUUUUUAUUUUCUUUGUUGUAAAUUGAUAUUUUUGUUAAUUUAGUAUUACACAUUUGUAUUACAAAACAUACACAGAGUAUAAUUUGUACAACAAUGGAGUUAUUACCAUGGUUAAAGUAUGUGUGUAUGUAUAUUUUAAAGAGUACCUGCUAAAGCAUAUUAGAUUCAAUUAAGGGUGAGAAGAUGGUAAUAGUGUAUAUCAGAAUGAAUUCAAAUCAUGAGAAUGGGAUUUGUAUAGCCCUCUUCCAGUUCAGUCUGGUUUGCUUUUCUCAUGUGGAAAGCUAACGCAUUUUACCAUAGUAAAGUAAAACCAUGUGAAACUGAGUUUUGGAUUUUGGGAGAGCAUUCAAACAUGUAAACCCCGCCUUCUAUCUGAAAUGGUACUGUCAUUAUAAUCGUCUCAUAUUUCUGAAUGUUUGAGUCAGUGGCCUUUUAUAAAAGUAAAAUGGAUUUCUUGAGACAAAACUUUCUGUACUCUAAAUAGCUUUUCUUUCAUGGAGAAAAGAACAACUAAUAUGCUUUUU